UCUUGGUUCAGUCCACAGAGAGCACACAAGACACUUCUUCACUGAGUUAAGUACAGGUCACCACUGAGUUAAGUACAGGUCACCACUCAAAGUACAGAUGUCAUCGCUGCUUCACGUACGAAGACCCAAGCUGGGUGGUCAGUUCUGGAGGCAGUGGGGCAGUCUCUUCCGGCAGUGGGGCAGCCACUUCCCGCAGUGGGGUAGCCACUUCCCGCAGUGGGACAACCACUUCCGGCAGUGGGGCAACCACUUCCGGCAGUGGGGCAGCCAUAUCCAGCAGUCAGUGAAACUUUCAACACGUGUUUCAUCGUCUCAUCCUCUUUACUCCAAUAUGUCUCUUGUUAGCUCCAGGUGUGAUAAUGACGAGGUGACUUGGCUUCACCCAGGCGACUUCAGGGUGGACAUGAUGGUAGCACAGAACAAGAACAAACACUUUCAUAAUGGAAUUCAAGUUACCAUAAAUACUGAUACUCUGUUGAACCCUGAAGAUUUUUCUCAUGUUCUGGUGCACUUAUAUAACAAAGUUGAGGUGUUGAGGACAUGUUUUCGUCAGCGGGACGACCAGUGGUGGCAUUGUUCCAUGCCCAAACCUGCCUUAGACUUUAAGGUUGUUGACGGUCCAGAUUCAUUAAAAGAAUGGCAGGUUAUGGUCGACACUAACUUCAACUUGACUGAUGGACCACUCUGGCAAGUUCGACUUCUGCCGUCGCCAACCGACACCCCUUGUAUCUGGCCGGAAUUGAACGAAAAGUUUCCAUAUAGGAACAAAUUGAUGUUUAAUUUUCAUCAUGGUGUAAUUGAUGGUCCUAGUUUGUUUUCAAUUACUACGUUGUUUGUGAAGCUUCUUGAUGAUUACAUCAGCAAAAAACCUAUUGAUAAUCAGCAACUUGGACAACUUACAGACCACAGUCAGACAACAGAGAUUGAACGACAAGUGAAAGUAGAUCUUGAAAAGGAUCCCGAAAAGUUGAAAUUAUUUCUUAAUGAACUUAAAAAUAAUGAACACACACCUCUACUCAUAGAAGCAUUUGGUACUCCAGAAGCAACUAAUGUUACGACAGAUUACUUAGAAUGUGGCAUACUAGACACCUCUGAAGUUAAGAAGUUUAUGACAUGUGUAGAUCUCAUGACAUCUCUUUUAACUCAGGAUUUAUUGGUAUAGUGAACACUGCAUUAGUUGAGCUAGUAAGGGAGGCUGGCGUGUUACGCGACGUCUACAAUAUUAACAGCUUACAUUCCAUUGAUCUUCGCCGUUACAUGACAGGCUAUUCCAAAGUGUUGCCAAUGGGUUAUCAUACUUCUGCAGUAUCACACACCAUAUCAACCCCUUACAAUGUAAAGGAUAACUUCUGGAAGUAUGCUAAGCAGUUCGACACUGAAUUCCGAGAAAAACUAGAAAACAAGCAAGUAUUUAAAGAUAUAGUGAUGAGGAGAAUGAUUCUCCCAGAGAACGUCUCACUUGAUGAACUCUCUGCAGCUCCACCAACUCCUCAAUAUGAUUAUUUGUUCUCAAAUAUGUAUUUACCCAAAUUUGUUAACUUUGGAGUUGGAAGACAUGUUCAGAUAACAGGAGCGAAAAUUGUUCUUCCCCUAGUAGCCAGUGACUUUCUUUUCUUUUCUGGCAUUGGUAAUUUGCGUGAUAAGGUUCAAUUUGAUAUUUGGCAUUCAACUCACUGCAUGACCAAUGAUACUGCACAAAAGUGUUUUGAUAAAACUAUAUCUAUCUUUCGUGAAAAGAUUAACUAAAAUCUGAGGUUAAAGGCUCUUCUGAGCCUAAAAACAUGUUAAAUAAUUGGUUAAAAAUGUGUUAAGUAGUCUGCUACAUAUGCUAGUUGUUUGAAAUGAUGUGGAAGCGAAAUGAUACGAGGUAUAGUAGUUUUUGAAGUAGAUAUAUAACUUGAGUCUAGCAACAAUGAGCUGGAAAUGUCACAACUAUUAACCAAAUGCAGCUUUCAUAGUCAAAAUAUCCAUGUAGGCGGUGCAUAUAUGCAUUUUUUUUUCAUUAACCCAUCGGCCGCCUCCUACCAAGACAGGGUGGCCCUAAAAAUAAAAACUUUCACAAUAACUCA